UGGUGUUCGUUUGAUGAGUCCGGUAAGAGGACAUGCUUCACGGGAGACUGCGGCGGCCAACUACAAUGUGCAGGGGCUAGCGGUGCACCGCCUGCAACCCUCGUAGAGUUUACCCUAGAUAGUCUAGUGGAUUACUACGAUGUUAGCCUAGUUGACGGCUACAACAUGUGUGUAUCGAUAGUCUCUUCGGGUGGAUCAAGACCUAAUUGUAAGCAGAUAAGUUGUCUUUCGGACUUGAACAAACAUUGCCCUAAUGGCUUGCAAGUAAGGAGGAAUGGUCAUGUUGUGGCUUGCAAAAGUGCUUGCUUAGCGUUUAAUACACCCAAAUAUUGCUGCACAGGAGCCUAUGGCAGCCCUCAGACGUGCAAGCCUUCAAGUUAUGCAAAGGUGUUCAAGGCUUAUUGCCCUACAGCUUAUAGCUAUGCCUAUGAUGAUCCCACAAGCACUUUCACCUGCGGAGGAGCUGAUUAUUUGAUUAGCUUUUGUGAGACUUUGAAGCAAAAGACAGAAAUGAUUGGAGGUGUAAUGGAGCGUCUUUUAUUUUGA